AUGCGGCGGGAGCGGGCCCCGCUCUGCCUCCUCGUCGUGCUGCAGCUCUGCCCCGCGCAGGUGCCGUCGCGGAGCCCCGCGUGCCCCAGCGGCGCCUACACGGCGACGGGCGCCUGCUGCUCCCUCUGCCCGCCCGGCUUCGGCGCCGCCGAGCCCUGCGGCGCCGCCGACACGCGGGGCGAGCCCUGCGGCCACGCCCGGAGCUCGUCGUCGGCGCCGCCGCGGCCCUGCGGUGCCGCGGGGUGCGCGGGGUCCCCGGCGCGGCGGCCGCGCUCGGCGGAGCUGCGCGUCCUCAAGCGCUCCGGAGCGGCGCCCAACGCCUCGGCCGCCGGUGAGCCGGAGCCGGAGCCGCCCGAGGGCGCGGGCAAGAACAUCAUCCCCGUCUACUGCUCCAUCCUGGCCGCCGUCGUGGUGGGGCUGCUGGCCUACGUGGCCUUCAAGUGCUGGCACGGCUGCAAGCAGAAGCAGCAGCUGGCCAAGGCGCGCGCCGGCGAGCUGGGCACGGCGCCCGACGGCGAGAAGCUGCACGGCGACAGCGGCGUCUUCCUCGACACGCACAGCCUGCAGGAGCCCCACGGCAAGGGUGAGGAGCUGCUUGUCGGCCGGGGAGGAUUGGCGGGGCUCGGGGGGCGCCUUGGUCCUGGGAAUGCUUGA